AUGUCGCUCGCAUCCGGUGUCCAGAUUCAAGAUGACUGCAUCACUGCCUUCCAAGACUUCAGCCGGAGCCACGGCAAGACCAAGUACAUCAUCUACAAGAUUGCCGACGACAAGAAGUCGGUUGUUGUAGACUCCAUUGGCAAGGACCAGGACUACGAGGUCUUCCGCAACGAGCUUGCCGAUGCCAAGGACAGCCAGGGCCGCCCCUCCCCCCGCUACGCCGUCUAUGAUGUCGAGUACGAGAUCCAAGGCGAGGGAAAGAGAAGCAAGAUUAUCUUCAUCUCCUGGGUGCCUAGCGUGACCCCUACUCUCUGGUCUAUGAUCUACGCUAGCACCCGCGAGGUUCUCAAGAACGCCCUCAACGUCGUCACUUCCAUCCACGCCGAUGACAAGUCCGAUAUCGAGUGGAAGACAGUCCUGAAGGAGGCCAGCGGUGGCAAGGCAUAAAUGAUAGCGCCGGCUGGAUCCGGGCUGCGCGACCGAUAGGGGUGCGCCCUUGACGGCGCCGCGGAACGAUCAAUUCAUAAACUUCUCUGCACACCGUUCUCCCAUUUUCUUUUCUUAGUUGCAAUGCAAGACCGU